AUGAACCACAUCAUCAAGCAGAAGAUGGAAAACCAAGAAUUCGUCCAGAUCGCGACGCUCACGUUCCGCCCCGCGCUGCAGGCCGACGGGCCGGACCGCCCGCCGGCGUCCUUCUACGACGUGUCGGCGCAGGUGCAGGCCGUCCCCGGCGCGAGGGCCGUCUACCUGGGCCAGCAGAUGGAGCGCCCGGACCACUGGACCUGGGCCGUGCGCUGGGCCUCGGACGCCGCCCUCGACGCCUUCCUCGCCUCGCCCACCUUCACGGGAUGGCUCGCCGACUUCCGCGCCCUCACCGACUCGUACGUCUUCACGCGCGCCCUCCUCCGCGGGGACGCCGCCGCCGCGCUCGGCGCCCCCUGCACGGAGGUCUUCACCGCGUACGGCGCCACGAGCGACUGGCUCGACGCCCGCAUGAAGCCCUUUGCCAACAACGUCAGCGCCGGCCGCCUCGAGGGCCUCCACGGCUCCGCCUACGGCCAGUUCGACCUCCUCACCCAGGGCGGCGUCGAGGCCCCCGCCGGCAUCACCGUCAGCUUCAUCCUCGGCUGGGACUCCAAGGCCGUCCACCUGAGCCACCGCGGCGAGGGCAAGUUAAUCGACAACAACCUCCACUACGUCAACGACGACCGCAAAUCAACCGACAUGUACCACGUCAUGCUCAAACGACUCUGA